UCAACACCCCUUCCCUCUUCGCUCGCUCCAUUUCCCAAUAGUUCUCGAGGCAAGUCCAAUAAUACGGGGAGGGGAGAAGAUCUAAAAUCCUCGCUUCCAUCUUCCAUUUCCCAUUUCCGACCGGCUAUGGCGUCGCCUCGAAUCCUCCCGUCUUCUCCCCUUCAGAAGCUCGCAACCUUCAAAGACCCCGCCUUCUCCCCGGCGACGGCGAUGGGGCUGCCCUCCUCCUCCGAUGCGUCCCCUCUCGACUCCUUCGCCUCCGACCCCGUCUUCUCCGCCUUCCUCUCCCCUGACUUCGACUCCGCCCGCUUCUCCUCUCAGGCACUCAGCUCCGGCUCUGCCGCCGCCCGAGCCGAGUCCCUCCAAGAUGCCAUCCGCCUCCUCGAGAAGCACCUUCGCUCCGAGGUCCUCGCUCGCCACUCCUCCCUCCUCUCUCAGCUCUCCUCCCUCCGUGACGCCGAGUCCUCCCUUUCCGCCGUCCGCUCCGGCGUCGCCGCCCUCCAGUCCUCCCUCCGCCGCGCCCGCCAGGAGAUCGCCGAGCCCCGCCGCCUCGUCCGCUCCCACACCCUCCAGCUCUCUAACCUCCAUGCCGCCGCCGACCUCCUCCAGUCCUCCGCCCGCCUCCUCCGCCUUUCCCGCAAGCUCCGCGACCUCAUGUCCCAUCCCCCCGACCGCCUCGACCUCGCCAAGGCCGCCGAGAUGCACCGCGAGAUCGAGCUCCUCUACGAGGAGCGCGGCCUCGCCGGCAUCUCCGUCGUCGAGGACGAGAUCCGCUGGCUUUCCGACACCGGAAACCGCCUCCGAUCCGAGGCCAUGAAGGCCGUCGAGAGGGGCAUGGACGAGUCCAACCAGAACGACAUCUGGUGCGGCCUCCAGGUGUUCUACAACCUCGGCGAGCUCAGAUCCACGGUCGACUCUCUCAUCAACAAGUACAAGGGGAUCGGGGUGAAGAGCGUGGGGUCGGCACUGGACAUGAAGGCGAUCUCGGCAUCGUCGGGGGCAUUUGGGCCCGGCGGAGUGCAGAGGAGCGGAACGCCGCAGAUCGGGGGAGGCAAGAGGGCAGGAGAGGCCCUUUGGGAGAGGAUGGGCCGGUGCAUGGAUGAGCUUCACAAGGUGAUGACGGCUGUGUGGCAGCUCCAGACGGUUCUCUCGAAGAAGAGGGUCCCAUUCACGCAGAUCUUGUUCCUCCAUGAGGUCUGGCAGGAGGGAGACCCUCUACUAACAGAUCGGGUCUGGGAAGCACUUGUCAAAGCUUUUGCUAGCCAAAUGAAAUCUGCCUUCACUGCAUCAAGUUUUGUCAAAGAAGUAUUCACUCAUGGGUAUCCAAAACUAUUUACCAUGGUAGAAAAUCUUCUUGAAAGGAUUUCACGCGAUACUAUUGUGAAAGGGUUUCUACCAGCUCUCACACCUGCAGGAAAGGAUCAAAUGGUUGCUUCCAUUGAUAUAUUCCAGACAGCCUUUCUGGCUCUCUGCCUAAGUCGCCUCUCUGAUUAUGUUAAUAACAUAUUUCCCGUAUCAAGCCGUGGAAGUAUUCCUUCAAAGGACCAGAUCUCAAAAAUCAUAUUGCGUAUCCAGGAAGAGAUUGAAGUCGUUAGAAUGCAUGGGCACUUGAUGCUUCUCGUUUUGCAUGAAAUUGGCAAAGUUUUACUCUUAUUAGCUGAGAGAGCUGAAUACCAGAUAUCCACAGGUCCUGAAGCUCGUCAAGUUACAGGUCCUGCAACUCCGGCCCAACUCAAGAAUUUUGCCCUCUGUCAGCAUCUCCAGGAGAUCCAUACACGCAUUUCCAGCGCUACGUCAUCUCUACCAACGGUUGCCUCUGAUGUCCUGUCACCAUCUCUUGGUGUCAUCUAUGGAGUUGCCUGCGACUCAGUCACCUCCCUCUUCCAAGCCAUGCUUGAUCGUCUCGAGUCCUUUAUCAUUCAAAUCCACGAACAGGACUUUGGGGACCGGGGACUGGAUGCAGCAAUGGAUAAUAAUGCCUCUGCUUACAUGGAAGAGUUUCAAAAAUGCACAGUCCAUUUCCGGAAUGAGUUUCUAUCUAAACUCCUGCCUUCUUCUGCCUCACGUUCAGAGACCAUAUGCACCAGGCUUGUGCGGAGAAUGGCCUCUCGAGUCCUCAUAUUCUUCAUUAGACAUGCUGCUCUGGUGAGGCCUCUUUCUGAGUCAGGCAAGCUAAGGAUGGCAAGGGACAUGGCAGAGCUGGAGCUAGCAGUUGGCCAGAACUUGUUUCCCGUGGAGCAGCUUGGCGCACCAUACCGGGCACUUCGUGCUUUCCGGCCUGUGAUCUUCUUGGAGACAUCUCAGCUCAGUGGUUCUCCACUUCUUCAGGAUCUGCCACCCAGUGUGAUACUCCAUCACCUUUACUCUCGAGGCCCUGAUGAGCUGCAAUCACCAUUACAAAGGAACAAGCUCACCCCGCUUCAGUAUUCAUUGUGGCUUGAUUCACAAGGGGAUGAUCAAAUUUGGAAAGGAAUUAAGGCAACCCUUGAUGAUUAUGAGAUAAAGGUUCGAGCUCGAGGAGACAAGGAGUUCAGUCCAGUAUAUCCUCUCAUGCUUCAGAUCGGAUCAUCAUUGGCUGAGACCACAUCAUCUCAGUUGUGAUAUGUUUUUCUAUGGAACAUGCGAUGAUAGGAACAGAUCUGAGAGCCUGUUCCCAUGGAGUUGCUUUGCUAGAAGUACCUGUUUCUAUUUUGACAUACAUUUCCCAUAUCAGCAACUUGCUAAAUUUGGCAAACUAAUUGGUAGUGUACAUGAACCUUCUACAGCAUUGCUUUUUUACAUAGAGGCCUUGCAUGCUCUCAAAUUCUUGUUUGGUGCAUGUUACCAAGUUGAAUUGUUGUAAAUUAUUCAAUUACUUACUGGAGAUGUUGGUUAGUCAAAUAGUUCCUGAUCACCAUUCAUGAAUUA